GAAGCAAGUUGUUCUUGGCGCUAAAAAAAAGUCAAUACCCUUUCUAUAAGGCCAUUACCGUCCUUACCGCUAAACCCGUCCUCCAGUCCAUGUCUCCACAAACAUUCGAACGCUAAAAAUAAGAAUCCAAUUUAUUUUCAAAAAAAAAAAAAAAAAACCCCAAACUCACGCGCACCGGAUCAUUCAAAUCGAAAAAAACGCAUGGAACAGCCAAAGCCAGAGACGGAGCAGGCCACGGGAAACGACCCGAGUCCGAAACCCGAAUCGAAGGGUUCGGAUCACGCCCCGAAUGGAGACGGUAAGUGGACGAGUUUCGUGUUAGGAUCGGAGUCUCAAACGCAGAGUCAGGAUCAGGUUCAAAGUCCGAGGGAGGGAUCACCGACCAAAACGGCGUCGUCUGGGUCGAGGAAAUCGGUGCAUUGGAGCCCCGAACUGGUGAGGGAAUCGUCUACGAUUUCAUCACCGCACGGAUCCAACAACAACAACUACAACAACUCUUAUUACGUUUCUUCUUCCCCUACUGACCAAUCUUCGUCUUCAUUCAACGUCAAAGAUACGAUGGAUAGUGUACGGAAUGUUCUAGGGAGAUGGGGAAAGAAGGUUGGAGAAGCUACUAAAAAAGCUGAAAAUCUCGCCGGAAACACCUGGCAGCACUUGAAAACGGGCCCUAGUUUUGCUGAAGCUGCGAUGGGAAGAAUUUCACAGGGAACAAAGGUCCUAGUAGAAGGUGGUUAUGAGAAAAUUUUCCGACAAACUUUCGAGACUGUCCCUGAAGAGCAACUUCAGAAUUCAUUUGCAUGUUACCUAUCCACAUCAGCUGGUCCAGUCAUGGGAGUUUUAUAUGUAUCUACAGCAAAGCUUGCCUUUUGUAGCGAUGAUCCUCUUUCAUAUAAAAUCAAUGACCAAACUGAAUGGAGCUAUUAUAAGGUAGUUAUCCCAUUACAUCAGCUUAAAGCUGUUAAUCCUUCAUCAAGCAGAGCCAACUCUUCUGAGAAAUACAUUCAGGUUAUCUCUGUUGAUAACCAUGAAUUUUGGUUUAUGGGCUUCUUAAACUACGAUGGUGCUGUGAAAAUCCUGCAGGAAGCUUUUGAAGUCAGAAACAUACAAUUUGCGUGACACCUGUUUUUCUGGCUCAUAGUUUCACUAUAUUGUAAGAUGUGCUUCAUGUAACUUAGAAUUAAAUAGAUUAGAUCAUUUUAGCUGUCUUGCAGCACCUGUUAAUUGCACAUUAAUUGUGGAGAAUUCUUUGAUAUUCCUGUGGAAAUGAAAACAAAGUUCUUUAUAGAGUUUAUAUUUUGAUA